UGUGACCUGCUGUUUGUUGGUCUUUCAGGGUUUGAUGCGUACUUCACGUCCCGGACUCUGGAGAACAACAGGAGGAACGUUUGGUUCGCUGAGUACUGGGAAGAGAACUUCAACUGCAAGCUGAUGAGCUCCUCAAAGAAAGACGAGAGCAGCAGGAAGUGCACAGGUCAGGAGCGUAUCGGCAUCGAUUCCAAGUACGAGCAGGAGGGGAAGGUCCAGUUUGUGAUCGACGCGGUGUACGCCAUGGCCCACGCCCUCCACAACAUGCAGAGGGACCUGUGUCCUGAAAACUCCGGCAUCUGCCCCGAGAUGGACCUGGCAGGAGGCAAGAAACUGCUCAAGUACAUCCGCAGCGUCAGCUUCAACGGAAGUGCCGGUACUUCAGUGACGUUCAACCGUAAUGGCGACGCCCCCGGACGCUACGACCUGUUCCAGUACCAGUGGAACAACGUGAGCGGGUCGGGCUACCGCGUGAUUGGACAGUGGACGGAGACGCUGCAGCUCAACAUGGAGGACAUGCAGUGGCCUCGGGGGGAGCAGGACGUCCCCAGCUCCGUGUGCAGCCUUCCCUGUAAAACCGGAGAGAGGAAGAAGGUGGUGAAGGGCAUGCCGUGCUGCUGGCACUGCGAGCCCUGCGACGGCUACCAGUACCAGCACGACGAGUUCACCUGCAAGCUGUGCUCCUACAACAUGCGGCCCAACGCCAACCGCACCGCCUGCCAGCCCAUCCCCAUCAUCAAGCUGGAGUGGCACUCCCCCUGGGCCGUCAUCCCCGUCUUCCUGGCCAUGCUCGGCAUCAUCGCCACCAUCUUCGUCAUGGCCACGUUCAUCCGGUACAACGACACGCCCAUCGUGCGGGCGUCGGGCCGGGAGCUGAGCUACGUCCUCCUGACCGGGAUCUUUCUGUGUUACAUCAUCACCUUCCUCAUGAUCGCCAAGCCGGACGUGGGCGUGUGCUCGUUCAGGAGGAUCUUCCUGGGUCUGGGGAUGUGCAUCAGCUACGCCGCCCUGCUCACCAAAACCAACCGCAUCUACCGGAUCUUCGAGCAGGGCAAGAAGUCCGUGACGGCGCCGCGGCUCAUCAGCCCCACCUCCCAGCUGGCCAUCACCUCCAGCCUCAUCUCCGUCCAGCUGCUGGGCGUCUUCGUCUGGUUCGUGGUGGACCCGCCCAACACCAUCAUCGACUACGACGAGCAGAAGACCUUCAACCCGGACCUGGCCCGCGGCGUGUUGAAGUGCGACAUCACGGAUCUGCAGAUCAUCUGCUCGCUGGGUUACAGCAUCUUACUGAUGGUGACGUGUACUGUUUACGCCAUAAAGACCCGCGGGGUCCCCGAGAAUUUUAACGAGGCCAAGCCCAUCGGCUUCACCAUGUACACCACCUGCAUCGUGUGGCUGGCCUUCAUACCCAUCUUCUUCGGCACGGCGCAGUCUGCAGAAAAGGGAUACACUCGUCCACACAAAGCGCUUCGGGCCACAGAGACGGUGAUAAACCUGCAGCCUCUGAGCUGCCUCACAGAGCCGUCAGUGCACGCAGAGCGGCAUCCUGCAGCCUGUGGCACUGAGCAAAUCCAACAAGCACAUUUUUAA